AUGAGCAAAGUCGUGUUUGUGGGCAACAUUCCUUACAAGACCAGCGAAGAUUCAUUGGCUCGCGUCCUCAAUCGAGCUGGACAAGUCCUUGCCUUAAGACUGGUCUCCGAUAGAGACACCGGAAGACUGAAAGGCUACGGUUUCUGCGAAUUCGCUGACCAUGCAACAGCGCUAUCUGCUGUUCGCAACCUCAACAAUAUCGAAGUCAAUGGCCGCUCGCUACGAAUCAGCUUAGCGGAACUGGAUCCCAUAUUGCAAGGUAAGACAACCAAGAGGGGCGGAAUUGUUGAGGAGAGUGAUGACGGCAGCUCUGACGUGGGCGAUGGAAGAGAGAUUCUCUCUGCGAUUCCCUUAGGACGGCCGUUAGCACCUGGUCGACGCGCAGAAGAGGUUAUCAAACAAUUUAUGCACGACUGCAGUUCAAUGGAGCUACAAGAGAUACUUGCCCAAAUGAAGGUAUUGGCGCUAGAGUUCGAAGUCUCGAGAAUCCACCUGACUUGGACCUCUUAUGAUCAGGCUUUUGCGUUUACUCACCCCAAGCGCGCAUUGGCCCUUCUUCAGCAGCAACCUCAGGUUGGUUUUGCCGUCUACGUUGGCUUCGCUGCUAGCGGUAUUAUUUCCUCAAGCUCAUUACAACAACUUCUCGAUACCGCGAAAGCACCAGUCGCCUAUUCGCCGACGUCCGCAGCCUUCUGCAUUGAAUACUCGACUCAUUAA